AUGCCAUUACUGAAAAAGCCCAGUGACUGCUUGUCACCUUCCUCACCUCUGAAGGCCAGGGCAUGGAGUGCCGAGCAUGUGAGGCAGAUCUUAACUGGAGAUCUGGACAGUAUGGAAGAAGGCAGUUCUUUGGGUACCCAGACCCCAAGCCAUUUACGGCUCUUAAGUUUCAGGGAGAUGACACCAGUCAGUCUGGAUUAUGGCCACAGCAUUGUGCAUUGGGCAAGUGUUCACGUUAUCACAUCUGGUUGGGGAAAGGACUUUGGCCUACAGGAUAAGGUUACAUAUUUGGGUAAAGUUUCUACGACAGGAAUGCAGUUUUUGUCAGGUUGCACAGAAAAACCAGUCAUUGAGUUAUGGAAGAAACACACUCUUGCCAGAGAGGAUGUCUUCCCAGCUAAUGCUCUCCUGGAAAUCCGCCCCUUCCAAGUUUGGCUUCAUCAUCUGGACCUCAAAGGAGAAGCUACUGUCCACAUGGACACCUUUCAGGUUGCACGUAUUGCUUACUGCACUGCCGACCAUAAUGUCAGCCCAAACAUCUUUGCUUGGGUUUACCGAGAGAUCAACGAUGACUUGUCCUACCAGAUGGACUGCCAUGCUAUAGAGUGUGAGAGCAAGCUAGAGGCCAAGAAGUUGGCACAUGCCAUGAUGGAGGCCUUUAAGAAGACUUUCCAUAGCAUGAAGAGUGAUGGCCGGAUCCAUCGGAAUAGCUCAUCGGAGGAAAUGUCUCAAGAAUUGGAAUCGGAUGAUGGCUGAUAUGAACUCAUUAAUGAUUAAGCAAAAGCAGAAAUGGCCCUGGGAAUAGAAGCAUAUAGAUGAAUAAGCAACAGUUCGGUUUGGGAUGAGAGGUCUUCCCAGCACUUGACUGAUUCAGCUUUUCAAAAUAAAAAAGAGCAAUUCAGUAAACUCCCACAAAUGCAUAUUUUAAA